GUUGUUCAAAAGCACAGCGACUUGAAGGGGAGUCUAUUUUGGGAAAUAUUGCUGAAUACACAUUGCAGGUGCGCAGAGAAAGAGGCUUGAUGUUUAGCGAACACAGCGGUACCAGCGGGUGAGGAUAAUGAGGACUUGACGAGAUUGAUUCAAGAUUCGCGGCGUAAAGAGACCAUAUGCUACGCACGCUCCGAUGAAUGCUAUGCUGACUGGUCUAACUCAAGCUCUCGCCAUGCUCUUACUGCGGCAAACAUAACACAACCGGUCUAAGUCUUGACUUGAUUCAAUUCAUGACCCCGUUUACCCUAUAUAAGAGGUGCGGGCAUUGGAGAGGUGUCUCAUCGUCCUACGACUUUCAACAUCUCUCUUACGAGCUCAUAGAGUGUCCUCUUCCCAUUAACAUUCACGCUUCGUCAUGAACUCUUUCAUCACUACGUUUUUCCUUACGCUUUUCAUUGUCUUCAAUGUCGUUGCCCCUGCUCCCCUGGUUGCGCGGGAUGUGUACUCUCCUCCUGUCAAGUACCCUGGAAAGGGUACGACGUGGAAGGUUGGAAGCCGCCACAAUGUUACCUGGGAUGCGACGAACCCACCUGCAAGCACCACGAACACAGAAGGAGUGAUUUUCCUGUCUACCAAUGGGCGUCUCGAUGUCGUCCAUCCUCUGGCAUCAGGUUUCGAUAUCACGAGUGGUAGGCAGGAGAUUAAAGUGCCUCAAGUUGCACCUGGGAGCCAGUAUCAGAUCGUCUUGAUGGGUGACUCUGGAAACAAAGGCGCAUAUUUCACCAUAGAGGCAUAAAUCUCACUCGACGACAUUUCUCAAUGAAAACAACGAAAUUAUCGAAAACGAAAAUGCACAUGAGAACGUUUAUGAUCGGUAUCAGUUGGCCCUGAAUAUGUAUUCGAACCUGGAGCCUAUCUCUGUCACCUUCCCUGCAC